AUGGUGAGAGGAUUACUGAAGCAGCUUACCUCUCGUUCUCUCUCUAUCGCCGGAAAAUGGCAGCGGCAACAGCUCCGUCGCCUCAACAUCCACGAAUAUCAGGGGGCUGAUUUGAUGAGCAAAUAUGGGGUUAAUGUUCCGAAAGGUGCUGCCGUCGCUUCCGUUGAUGAAGUCAAAAGGGCAAUUCAGGAUGUAUUCCCCAAGGAAAGUGAGUUGGUAGUUAAAAGCCAAGUUUUGGCUGGUGGAAGAGGCUUGGGAACCUUUAAAAAUGGUCUUAAGGGUGGUGUUCACAUUGUCCCGGCUGACCAAGUUGAAGAUAUCGCUGGCAAGAUGCUUGGUCAGAUUCUUGUUACCAAGCAAACAGGUCCUCAGGGAAAAAUUGUCAGCAAGGUUUAUUUGUGCCAAAAGUUGUCGCUUGUCAAUGAGAUGUACUUUGCUAUCACUCUGGAUCGCAAAACUGCUGGCCCACUUAUAAUUGCCUGUGCAAAGGGAGGAACAAGCAUUGAAGACCUUGCUGAGAAAUUCCCUGAUCAGAUAAUAAAGGUACCUGUCGAUGUUUUCACUGGAAUUACAGAUGAAGAUGCUGCAAAGGUUGUUGAUGGUUUGGCUCCUAAAGUGGCCGAUAGAAGUAGUUCAAUUGAUCAAGUGAAGAAAUUAUAUAAGCUAUUCAGUGAGACUGACUGCACACUUCUGGAAAUCAAUCCACUUGCAGAGACUUCUGAUAACCUGCUAGUAGCUGCUGAUGCUAAGUUGAACUUUGAUGAUAAUGCUGCUUUUCGUCAGAAAGAGAUAUUUGCUCUUCGUGAUCCAACACAAGAGGAUCCUCGAGAGGUGGCUGCUGCUAAAGUAGAUUUGAAUUAUAUUGGAUUAGAUGGGGAAAUUGGUUGCAUGGUGAAUGGUGCAGGAUUAGCUAUGGCUACAAUGGAUAUCAUUAAAUUACACGGGGGAACUCCUGCCAAUUUUCUCGAUGUAGGCGGAAAUGCUUCUGAAAACCAGGUUGUUGAGGCAUUUAAGAUUUUGACUUCUGAUGAGAAAGUGAAAGCCAUUUUGGUGAAUAUCUUUGGUGGAAUAAUGAAAUGUGAUGUGAUUGCAAGUGGAAUCGUCAAUGCUGCUAAACAGGUUAAACUAGAAGUGCCCGUGGUCGUUCGUCUCGAAGGCACCAACGUUGACCAAGGAAAGAGAAUUCUGAAGGAAAGUGGAAUGGCUUUAAUUACAGCAGAAGAUCUGGAUGAUGCUGCCGAGAAAGCGGUUAAAGCACUGAAGAAAUAG